AUGGUGUCCUUAAGAACGCUCACCAAAGCAGCAACGUACAUAGCAGUGGGUGGAAUUACGGCGGCAAUGAUAAUGAAGGUGAAGCUAGAGGAUAAAAUACGCAGCCAACCGUACUACAAGGAAGCAUUAAAAUUACUCCGUGCACAUCAAGGAGCGAUACAAUUGCUCGGCGAACCCAUCAAGGAUCUAAGCUUCGACCUUGGAGAGGAAAGCAAAAAGUUUGGCGGAGGGAAGAUCGACAGCUUUGCCGUGCCUGUGCGAGGUCCAAAGGUCCGAGGCAAAUACUACUUCUGGGCGGAAAUGCAAGAAGAUCGUUGGAUGAUUAAGCGGGCCGAGCUACAGCUGGAAAAUGAACCCGAUCGCCGGUUGCUUAUUAAAGCCGAAAGCCAUAUGGAGUAG